AAAGUGCGUGUUUUCUGUUGAACUCAUAGAAUUGUCGAGAAAGUUCACAAAUGAGACGACUGUUGAACUUGUGUGGUGAAAAGUUAUUAGUAUUUGGAACUAAAAUAGUUGCAGUUAAAGUGAGGACUUUGAAAAGGACACGAUGUGCAAAGUCAUUAACUUGAAGGGGGCAUAACAUUCUUUAAUCAAGAGAAUUUAAAGACGUAUAAUUGCUCUGUUUGAUACAGUCAAACUAAUAACUAAUGAAUUAUUCCUACGCAAUUACCAACUAUCGUAGAAAACAUCAAAUUAUACACACACAAAAAUCAAAUGGUGACACUGUUGGCCGGAUAAUAGUUUGCUUACCAUGAAAACAACGCUAUUGUCCAAUAGGUACUGAUAUUACAUAUAUCCAGGGAAAAUAAAUUCAAAAUGAGAAAAAUGCAGUGUCGUAUGUUAAAUAUCAUAUGUUUAUUGGCAAUGAAUAGUGACCUACUUGUAGAAAGUAUAAGUAAUUGCGCAGUUGAGGAAGUACCAGAAAAUUUUACAGUGACACCAGUUACCAUUUGCCCUACAGGAAAAUAUAGAAAAGAAAAAGAGAAAAACUGUACAAAUUCAUUAGAGGUUUUUCACUGCCUUCCUGAUUUGCAGGGAAAUCUUUAUGAGUUCUGUGGUAGGAGUAGACAUGACCUGAGAUACCCUUAUUUCGUCUUUGAUCGGACCAGUAAACUUUAUUUUAGCAAUCUUGUAUUUCCAAUAUCAUCAGGGACUGAGACUGAAUUUUAUUCCAAUUUCAGCCAGUUAAUUUUAAAAGAAGAUCCCAAGUUAAAUGGAUUAACCGUUUUUCAAAAGUUGCGAGAAGAAGUGAAUAAUAAUUCAGCUGUUAGUUGCAUAGAUGAUUUAAAGGAACAUUUCCUGCCGAGUCGAGAAACUUGUAAAGUAGUCAGUGCGUGUGUACGGCCUCGACACGUUCAAUGGAUUUUCGUUUAUAUUGUUGAAGUUCGUGGUGACAUUGGAAAUAUUAUCAUAAAAUGUUUCCCUAUGCCACUGACUAAUACACUCAAAUACGCACUUGUUGCCUUAACUUUGUGUAGAGAUAAUCACUCUACACUUAUUAAACAAUGUAGUACACUCCGAGGGAACCAAGAAGACGCUCAAGAAGGGAAUAAAACAGACUGCCAAGAAGGAAAUAAAACAGACUGCCAAGAAGGGAAUAAAACAGACUGCCAAGAAGGGAAUAAAACAGACUGCCAAGAAGGGAUUAAAACAGACUGUGAAGAAGGGAACAAAAAAGACUGCAAGGAAGAAAACACCAUAUCACUCACUAUAGGUGGGAUCUUUACCUGCUUGAUUGUUAUCGUAGCUGUGUCAAUGGUAGUUGAGAAUAAUUGUCAUUUAAUAGACAAAAUUCGGUCUUUAUUUUGUACAAUUAUUGAAAACAGGCAGCAAGCAGAAAAUCAUACGAAAGGAACAUACGGACAGCCUACAGAUGCAAAUGAGUGUGAUCAACAAAGCCAUAUGGUAUGUAUGGAAACUGGUCAAAGUCCUAGUUCGCAGAUAUAAUUAUAUUGAGGCAUCAAAUGGGGCAUAGCUUUAAGAACAAUAAUACAAAUUGAGAAAAAAAAAUUGAUGUACUCAAUGUUUAUUAUGUUUAAUCAAAUAUCUGACGAAUGAAUUUUCGAGGAGUUUAAAUUGAAAAAACUAGCCUAAAUUUUUACCAAACUUAGACAGAAGCUUGUUUAUGUUCAUAAGAUAGUAUCCAGAAGUAAAUUUUGUAAAAAUAAAAUCACAUAUUUCCGUAUUUUACUUAUAAAUGGACUAAGUUUUCUGCCAGAAAACAUCACAUUAUCUUUGUAGUUAAAGUUUUAAAAAUGUUCACAACUUUCUUAAACUAUCAUAGAUUUGUACGAAAUUUGGACAGACACUUGUUUAUGAUCAAAAGCUAGUACCUAUAAAAGCUUCUAUCUGUUGUUCCGCAUUUAGUGUUUUUUUUAAAUUUUAUAGAUUAUAAAUAUAUCUGGAUUUUUACCAAACUUGGUCAGAAGAUUCUUACCAUUAAAAGAUAGUAUCGAGAAGAAUAUUUUCUUCUUUUUGUCCUCAUUUUUGUUGUUCUUGCAAUUAACAGCAAAAGUAGGCGAAACACUGGGUUCCGUUGAACUUUACACAUUAUAAUUAAUAUGAUCUGCGUCUGAUAGAAAUCGACCUAAUGUACGUAUAUUUGUACAUUAGUUUGACUGUCCCUCUGGUAUCUAUUGAAAAAUGAAAUAUAAGAUGAUUUUUUGGACUGUUUUGUAGGGUUCUUAUAUCAACCUAAUUUUCAAACAGUCGCUGAUUUUGCAUAGAGAUUUUGUCAACCAGAAAAAGGUAAUGAUUUGCUUAAGGACGAUUUCUAUCCGACACCGCUCAUAUUUUUUAUGUACUUUUUUUGUUUAUCUACUAGGAGAGGGUUGCUUGUCGAGAAAUAAAACCACAACUUUAACACCAAUUAUGUGUCUGUCUCAAAUCAGAUUCCCCUUCCAUAUUUUCUUACGUCAAUCUUACGUUUUUGGUAUACAAGACCAAUUUAUGUUUAAUUUAUUACAACUUUCAAAGUACGAGAACGGACGACUGUAUGCAUGUUGUCCUCUAGAUGAGUUGUCAUUAUAUUUUUUGUCCAUCGUUGCUGUCUCAUUCAUAACUGUACUUUUUAUGGAGAAUCAUAAUAAGAUGUGCAUGCCCAUGUGACAGGGCUUAUAUGACAUUGUCCUCAUAUUCAUACAAUACUGUUUGAUAUUUAUUUGUUAUAUCUUCAGGGAGGCAUUUGUCUCACAAUUCAAUCAAUUCUCAAUAUAAAUGUGCCAAAUUAUAAGUAGUGUAACAUAAUAUUAUGACCAGAGUUUAGUUUUAUCAAUGAAAGAAUCUUCUGAAUUUGUAUAUUGUUUCAGUUUUAAAGUUUUAAUUGAAUGAAUGAAGAAUGAUUAUAUAUUGCUGUGGGAUGAUAAAGUAUAUUUUUAUGACUGUCUUGUAAAAUCAUUUGCACGAUUAUAUUUAUUGUUUGUUUGUUAGGGUAUUAAAACUUAAUGUGGAUACAUUUUUUAUUGAUAAGCCAUAUGUAAAUAAAAUAUUUCAAAAUUUUCA